AUGCAAAGGAGUCAGAGUUACUCCUAUCCUCAGACCAUGGUUGGACAUUCUAGAUAUGCUUCUACGCAUGCCACCAGCUCUGCCUUCAGCGCAUCUGCCAACCCCAAUGAAGACUGGACCAAAAUCUCCGAUCUAGCAGAGAGAAGACGGAUCCAGAACCGGAUCGCUCAGCGAAACUACCGCAAGAAGCUCAAGAGGAGACUUGAAGACCUGGAGCGUCGUGCGGGCUCUUCCUCGGCUUCUCCUGAGCAAUCCCAUGCAGAGCUGGCGACGACCGCUCCCGCCAAAGAGUCCAAGCAGUCUCCAAGUAUGGCACGUCAGGCAUCGCGCUCUAGUACUUCGCACGAGACACAGCGAGCAUCGCCGGACAUUCUACCUUUAGACGACCCUUCUUCAUUAUUUGACACCCCUGCCGCUCGACAUCUCUCGGUCAACUCGGCCUCAGCGUUUACAUUCUCCAGCUACCCUCCUACGACGGCAUAUCUGCAGUACGAACAGCAGCAGCAAUCCCUCUACGACGGCACGCCCAGCUACUACUCCACCUAUCAAUACCCUGUCGAUGUCACGGCUUCCAGCUUGCCUCCGACGCUUCCAGCGAUGCUGCCUUCCUCCUACGGAAAGCAAGACCACAUUUUCGGAGACGACGACCUCCUGAGUCCAUUCAGCAUGAACUAUGCCUCUCUAGCGGGUCUAGAGAUGCCCUCUCAUCAGGCAUAUACGGGGGCCAAUUCUCAUGCUAUGGACUACAUGGCUCAGCGUCAAGUGCUUUUUGGCUUGGAUAUGGGCUGGGACGUCGACCGAUGGACUUCGAGUGAUGAUAGAGUGAGAGGUGGGAAAUCACAGUCCUAUCUUCAAUCGAGCGGUUCCGGCAUAUCUUUCCAUGGUCAUCUCGACAUCGACACUCUGGGCGGGGCUGGCUUUGCCUCCCAACGAACUGCUGGUGAUGAUCGACGCUGGGACCUUUCCUCUUUUGCAGGCAUUGAGCUCUCGAUCGACCCCUUGCAGUCCGACAACAACCUCUACACUUUGAUCUUCAAAGAUCACACUUUGCCUCCCAAUCCAGAAAACGGUCGUGAACAGUCUACUGUCUCAUGGGAGUACGACUUCUCCAAGUCAAAUUGCCAUGUCCAGCCAGGUGCCGGUUCCUCCUCUGCCUCCGUCUUCAUACCUUGGGACCACUUCAGGCCCACCUACCGUGGCAAUCCGUGCAGCGAUACGAGGUAUUUGAACUUGAGCGGCAUCAAGAGAAUCAGCAUCAUGAUCCGAAGUUUCUUCGGCUCCCAACAAGGGGAUUUCGACCUGCACAUCAACUCCCUCGCUGCCUGCUCCCUGCCGGACACCACGGAGUUGUCCACACAGUCACCUACCACAAAGUCUGAACUCCAUCGUGACGCCACACACGACGAAAGAGCAGGAAGCGAACAAGGAGAGCUACGGGAAACUGGGCUGACAGCAAUAUGGAAAUGGCUCUGCGGCAAGCUGUGA